AUGUUUAUCGCUUGCAUCAACAGAGGACCUUCCGCAAGCCGGUUUGUCCAGGUGAGAUCUCUUCAUUCUAGCAGUGUACUAGCUAAGAAGGUCACUAAAAAAGCUGGCAAGGGAAAGAAAGUCGAGGAAGAUGAAGUUGUAGAGAUUGUGGAUAUCAAGAGCUAUAUCCAACGUGCUACAACUGCUUUUGAGAAAAGUGUCGAACUUCAUAAGAAAAGAUUGAAUGAGUUGAAAGCCGGGAAUUCGAAUCCUGCCAUUUUUGACAAACUGAAAGUCGGAAAAGAGAACUUGAAGUUUACGGAUGUGGCCACAACGUCCAUGAAGGGUAGAAAUAGCCUUCUUGUCACUGUUUUUGAUCCAAAAGACACCAAGUCAGUUGUCAGUACCAUUCUAGGAGCAGGAUUGAAUCUAAAUCCAGAAAGAAUACCUAACAAUGAACAACAGCUCAAAGUUGCCCUUCCACCACCAACUACUGAAACCAGAAAGCAAAACUGCAAACUGCUGAAGGAUGUAUUUGAAGAGUACAAAAAUUCUGCUAACAAGCACUCUUUGGGUCAUAUCCGUGGUGAAAUACUGAAGGAAUUGAAGACAAUUGACAAGAAGAACGACUCUGUGAAAAAAGUCAUUCAGGACCUCGAAAAAGUGCAUAAAGACUACACUUCAAAGCUACAGGACAGUCUCAAACAAGCCGAGAAGAGUGUUCUUGGGUAA